CUUGUUGGUCUUAGUGUACUUUAUGCUUAGUGACAGUCCCUGAGAAGUCUUGAGAAGCAGCUGUCCAUAGUCACAGAGAAGUUAAAUCUUCAUUAUGUCCAAGCAAAGGACCAUACGCCUGGAAUGUGGGAAACCCAACCAGAUAAUUUAUGUGGUGGGAACUGUGCUCAACAUCGACAUUUACAAGCCGGCACCUCUGGGCUCCCAGUUCUUUGAAGUGCGCUCCAGUCCUGGUGUGAAAUGUUCCAUUUUAGAUGUACAUAAUAUGACUGUUGCAGCUGAUCAGGCAGCAAGGUGGACCCUGAACAAUGGGACUUUGCUUGUGGUCACAAUGGAAGAAAUAAGCAAACGUGUUGAUGAUCACAAGGUUUCUGUUAUCUUUUAUGGAGACAAACUGGAUAAACCAAUUGACAAGAUAAUUUUCCAGCUCACUGCUAUUUUCAUAUCCCUGGAUGUGGAUGCAGAUCGUGAUGGCAAAGUUGAGAAGAAUAACGCAAAUAAGGGUUCUUGGAUGUGGGGUCCUAAAGGACAUGGAGCUAUUCUUCUUGUAAACUGUGACAAGGAAGAGACCGGAUCAGCUGAAUCUGACAGAUACGAUGAUACAGUUCCAGUAUUUGAAGACCUUGGAGAUAUGUCUCAUAUGAUCCUAAGAACUGAAGGACCUGACUCUAUGCUGCCCGGCUACAAACUCCAGCUGCACAUUUCCGCUUCUGAUAAAGAUAAAGUACAAGUCUUUCGUCAUGAUCUAUUGAAUAUGACUAAAGUCCUGGGUAGAGAGAAGCUGUCAGCUGUUAUGGAUUAUACUAAAGGGAGCAAUGAAUAUCAUUUCUUUGUCGAGGGGCUGAAGUUUCCAGAUGAGAAGAUUAUAAGUUUGGUGACCUUCAACCUCAGCCUGCUUGAACCAAUGAUUGAAGGACAUGCUCCCAUUUUCACUGAACACGUCGUAUUUCGUUUGGCUCCAUGGAUAAUGAUGCCCAACACUCAGGCUCCUCAGGAAGUGUUUGUGUGCAGUGUAAGCAAUAAUGCAAAAUUCCUGAAGGAAUUCCGAGCUCUGGUGGAGAAGGCAGAGUGCAAACUGACAGUUUGUUCUGAAGAACUGAAUCGCCAUGAUCGCUGGAUACAGGAUGAAAUUGAGUUUGGUUACACAGAAGCUCCUCACAAAUCCUUCCCUGUUGUGUUGGAUUCUCCUCGAAAUAGUGGCCUGAUGAUGUUUCCUUACAAAAAACUCCUGGGCCCGGAUUUUGGACACGUAACCAGACAAUCUAAUUUUGUCAACAGCCUGGACUCCUUUGGGAAUCUGGAGGUCAGCCCCCCAGUAACAGUGAAUGGAAAAGAAUAUCCAAUGGGAAGGAUUAUCGUCGGCAGUGCUUUUCCUACUACUUCUGAUGGACGAAACAUGGCAAAGGUUGUUCGAAACUUUCUGAAUGCUCAGGAGGUGCAGUCGCCUAUUGAACUCUUCUCUGACUGGUUGUACGUGGGUCAUGUGGAUGAGUUUAUGACCUUUGUUCCAGCCCCUGACAGAAAGGGUUUCCGUCUUCUCCUGGUCAGUCCUGAUGACUGCUGUAAGUUGUUCAAGAAGCUCCAGAAAGAAGGGCAUGGUGAAACUCAAAUGUUUGAAAAUCUCCAUAUAAAACCAAUCAAAAUUAACGAAAUCCUAAGUAAUCAAAACCUACUGGACUAUAAUGCUUAUGUGCAGCAAUGUAUUGAUUGGAACCGAGAUGUCUUAAAGAAGGAACUGGGACUGGAUGAGCAAGAUAUAAUUGAUAUUCCUGUGUUGUUUAAGCAAGAACAGAAAUUCAACCAAGCAAUAGCUUUUUUUCCAGAUAUGGUAAACAUGAUCAUCCUUGGCAAAUACCUGGGCAUUCCAAAACCAUUUGGGCCUCUGGUCAAUGGAAAAUGUCCACUGGAAUCUGCAGUGCGUUCAGCUCUGGAACCCCUUGGCCUGGAUUGUAACUUCAUCGAUGACUUUGUUACCUAUCACCUGAAGAAAGGUGAAAUUCACUGCGGUUCUAAUGUACGCCGGAAACCAUUUUCUUUUAAAUGGUGGAAUAUGGAGAUGUAGCUGUCAGUUACAAUUGCUUGUUUUUGUGCAGCCUCUAACCUGCUGACAAAAUGCUACCUAGAUAUUGGCAUUCAAAUUGUGCUGCUUCAAGUGCUGUCAAAAUCUAUGUUCAAAUGGUUUCUCUUAAGAAUUAGUUGAAUUUUCUUAGGGCAAGUAGAGCUUUCUGUUUAUAGAACAGUACAGCACAGAACAGGCCCUUCAGCCCACAAUGUUGUGCCGACCAUUGAUCCUCAUGUAUGCACCCUCAAAUUUCUGUGACCAUAUACAUGUCCAGCAGUCUCUUAAAUGACCCCAAUGACCUUGCUUCCACAACUGCUGCUGGCAACGCAUUCCAUGCUCUCACAACUCUCUGCGUAAAGAACCUGCCUCUGACAUCCCCUCUAUACUUUCCACCAACCAGCUUAAAACUAUGACCCCUCGUGCUAGCCAUUUCUGCCCUGGGAAAUAGUCUCUGGCUAUCAACUCUAUCUAUGCCUCUCAUUUAUCUUGUAUACCUCAAUUAGGUCCCCUCUCCUCCUCCUUUUCUCCAAUGAAAAGAGACCGAGCUCAGUCAACCUCUCUUCAUAAGAUAAGCCCUCCAGUCCAGGCAGCAUCCUGGUAAACCUCCUCUGAACCCUCUCCAAAGCAUCCACAUCUUUCCUAUAAUAGGGCGACCAGAACUGGACGCAGUAUUCCAAGUGCGGUCUAACCAAAGUUUUAUAGAGCUGCAACAAGAUCUCACAACUCUUAAACUCAAUCCCACUGUUAAUGAAAGCCAAAACACCAUAUGCUUUCUUAACAACCCUGUCCACUUGGGUGGCCAUUUUAAGGGAUCUAUGUAUCUGCACACCAAGAUCCCUCUGUUCCUCCACGCUGCCAAGAAUCCUAUCCUUAAUCCUGUACUCAGCUUUCAAAUUCGACCUUCCAAAAUGCAUCACCUCGCAUUUAUCCAGGUUGAACUCCAUCUG